AUGUUUGACGUGGACAAUGGUGAUGGCGAUGCUGGUGAUGCUGAUGAAGUAGUUAAUGAAUGCCUACAUCAGGCAGUUGUUCACUUGGUGGAGACCAAACGGCAGUCAGAGCUGAGACAUCUCCACUCAUUUGGCAACUCGGAGACGUACAACAACAGUUUCUCCUUCUUCUUCUUCUUCUUCUUCUUCUUCUUCUUCUUCUUCUUCUUCUUCUCAUUCUCCUCCUUCUAA